UCUCAUUAAAAACUAGUGUUGGUCAAAUAGUGUUAAAGGCAUUAUCCCGCUACAGAGCUUGCAUCGUAUGAACAACUGAUUGUAUUCGAAUUUAAGAUGUCUUUCAGUGGACUCCAGAGGAACAUCAGUGAAAACCUGGAAAUCUUGACGGAAUGGAAUUAUUUAUGGCUUCGUGUAAGCUUUCCACUAACGCUUUUGAUCACAGCUGGAAACACCAUCGCUCUCACAGUUUUCUUAAAGAAGUCAUUUCUUAUUAAGAAGUCCACCUACCUUCUGGUGAACUUGACCAUUGUGGAUUUGCUGGUUGGUGUUUCGGCCGUCGAAAGAUCACUUGCAGUUUUCUUGCCAUUUCAUCAUCGCCUCUUCAAAUCAAGCCAUUAUUUGAUUGCGAUAGCAGUUGUUUGGCUUCUUACAGUUUGCGGAUUAGUAACUAUCAUCAUCAUGGUGUCCAAUUUUUUCAACACGGCUAAAUCACAUCAUCUUCCUUGGCUCUUUACUCUUAGUACACCAGUUUUAUCGCUUGCUACGAUGCUCGCCUCAUAUCUCUCCAUUUGGAUCAAACUGAAAUUCUUCACCAAGUUUCGUCGCUGUAGAACAAUCCAAGAGAACAGUAAAUUGACCAAAACACUAUUCAUAGUGACCUUGGUUUCACUAGGAACUUGGAUGCCAAAAACUAUUCAAGAUAACAUAUAUUUGCAUAAUAUUUACGAUAACCCAGACGUAAUUCUGUAUGCAAUCUUAACAUCCUUGCUUCUUAUAAAUUCUCUUUUGAAUGUAAUAGUAUAUUCAUUUAGAAUGCCCGAAUUCAGGAAAGAACUAAGGAAUAUGUUUUGUAAAUGCAAAUGAAGAUCGACGAGUGAAGUGCAAUUUGGUUUGAAAUAAAACAAGUGUUUACAACAACUGUACGACCGCAUAGCACGCAAAAAAAAAAAAAAAAAA